ACGCACAAUGAAAAAUGGCUUGGUCGUUGAAGUGUAUUAUCGGAAGGGGGUUUUUCCCAAAGAUCAAAAACACAACAUGGCCAACAUGAGGGGAUUCCCCCUUCCCAACAUGCACUACUUAGUACAUGCGCACUGAUUGAUUUCUGUUCUUGGUCCCGUCUUGGGUUGUCCUUUCUCCAUUCUUUUUAACUUGAAUCCAUUUUUGAUUUAAAUUCUCCAAGAUUUUUAUACUUUGUUUACCGUCCAUUCGUAAGAUUUGCAAUGAUAGACGCCUUUGAAGUGAAUUUUUUAAAGCAUUCCUAACGCCAACCAAUCUUUAGGCUAAUGUCUAGUUUUUAAUAUAUUCGUACGCUGGUUCGUAUUGAUUCUUCCUCUGCAAGAUUAAUAUUUCCAUAGAUAUGAAUAAUAACCAUGAACUAGAUGAUGAGCAGCAGGGAUCUAAAUGGAGCAUCCAAGAAGUGGGUGAUUCAGGAGAGUAUAACUGUGAAACAGAGAGUGAUGAUGAGAAAAAAGAGAAGCAGUACAACCACUACUUCGUCCUUUUUACGAACACUAAAGAGCUGACAAAGCUCAUGCAGAAGUACAGGGGCUACAUAAUAAAAGCCCACACUGAAGAGGAGUUUGCAAGGGUGCUCCAUAAGCUGAURCAACAAGAGGAAAGACUUAACCAUGGCAUACAAGUUAAUUUCACCUACGCUUCUGAUCAUGAUAACGAUCUUUACAGGAUAUUAACCAAGUGCAAAAAUUGUGCACAUUGCAAGUUUGUCAUAAGUACUGUUGAUGACACUAAUUGCUUUUGCGAAAUAGAUUCCGAAGAUUUUUUGCCCAUUGAAAAACUUCUAGCUUUAGAAUGCAAAAACUGUGGUAGCUCACAAGACAUGAGACUCAACUCUCAAGAUUUCUUCCAGUCCUGCUUUGAAUUUCAUUUGAUUUGCAACAACAUUUCAUUAAGGACACCAACCAUUGCCCAAAUAGACAUAACAACUUUGGGCAGAAAUGGGAGAAAAAAUUGGAAUGAAGAAAGGUCCUUCGCAGUCUGUUUUCAUAACAUGGAUACAUCUUCAACAGAGAACAAGAUGCCAAAGAAAGAUAGGGAAAACCUUGAGAAAAACSAAGAAAAUGUUUUGGCUAAAAUGGGGGGCGAACAACAGGUGAUAGAAUUACUUAUCCAACGGGAAGUACUUAGCAGUGAUUUUCAAGUGGAAAACCUUACCAGGAAUGAUUUAAUUGGAAAAUUGCUUCGUCAUCUCUUUAUGUCUGGUGAUGUUUUACCACAGUUUAUCACUUGCCUUCGUGACACACAACUGCCUCAAAAUUUAGAACUGGCAGAUAUUUUGUGCAAUGACAAUUAAUCAUACACCAAAAAUAAUCCUCCUUUCGACAGGAUGGCACAGGGGUUAUGUGUUACGCAUUAUACGCAAAAUAUCAAAAUGUUGAGCUUGAAUUCCAGAUUAACUGUGUUUAUCAUUCCUCUCUUAAAAAGUUAAUGAUAUGUCAAUGAUUGUUUCGAUUUCAUGAAAAGUUAAAAUUUUCAGUUAAGGUGGCUGGACCCCCUCACGCUUG